AUGACAUUAUCUAGUAGGUGGAAAAUUAUCAAUAAAGAGUUGGCGAAAUGGAGAGAUGCCUUGGCAAAAGUGAUGGACAACCAUAGAAGCGGGGAAAAUCAUAGCAAUGAGAUUAUGCAAGAACAAAUGGGGUAUGGUGCUACUAGGCAAGGCAAAAAAAAACUUUCAACCAUACCCAAUGUUGGGAGGCGGUGA